AAUCUAGGGCUUAUUUGUGAUAUAACCAAAAAAAAAAGUAAAAUUAGUUUUGUAGAAAGAGGCUAGAGAGAGGUAGGAAGAGAGAAGAGGAGAGAGGGUGUGAUUUUGUUUAUAUAAUGAAUUAUGGGUUUUUGUUUGGUUAUAUCACCUAAUUUACCUUGAAUCUACUUCUAUAUUCAAAAAAAAAAAAAAAAUUGAAUCUACUUCCGCCAUUGGCCAUGUUGGUAAAUUUACACAAAUAUCAAAUUUAUUCAAAACGAGAUCUGCAAAAGUUUCAGUCAGAUUUGUACACAUUCUCUUUUAUAUGAAAACAAGUAUAUUUAUCUGAUCAAUUUAAUUAAUUUGUGUAUAAACAAAAGUUAUUGUAUCGUUACGAAAAUAGAUAGGUUUAUUUAUAAUAUUUUAUAAAAAAUAUAAUAAAAUCAUUAAAAGCUAAAAAGUUUUACAGUUCUAACCGGUGCCGUUUUAGUAGACCUAGCCAAAUUAAGGGGAAAAAUAGAGGACCUAAACAACAAAAAAUUAGAGCUCGAUCGUGAAAGCUCUCUAUGUUUAGGAGGAAGAAGAGAAAACAGAGGAUCCUAUUUUCUCCCAGCCAAUGGAACACAUUAGCAUCGAUAGAUCGACGUUUCUUGAGAAUCUCAUAAUCAGAGAUAGCCGUCAUUGUCGUUCUCUCUCACGUUCACAUCUAAUCCUAGACACCAACCUCCCAAUAUUCAAGAGUUUUCGCACGCUAUCUACUCUUUUCAAGAUUCCUCUGUUUUUUAAUCUUUCAUUACAGGACAUCCUUCUUCUGUCUCAUUUCGAAUGAGUUAUGUUUGAAUCGCAAGAAAUGAAGACGAUUCUUCGAUCAGUCAGCUUUAAUAAUGACAAUGAAUCGGAUUCAACCAUCGCCGAACCACCAGAAACUAGAAAGACCAUGUACAAUAGAUCUCUUAGCAUGAAAGGGACACAAAGACCUAACCUUUCUUCAGAAGACGUGGAGGACAAUCUUUCCUCAAAGCCUCUAACUUUUAUGAAAGAAGAUGACAAAUAUAAGAUACGGCAAUGGAAACCUCUAUCCGUAAACGAUCAUGUAAACGAGUUUCUAGCGUUAAUAAGUGACGGUAGAUACCAAGCUGCGUUAAAGCUGCAGAAGGUUUAUAGAAGCUUUCGAACCAGGAGGAGGCUAGCUGAUUGUGCUGUGGUGGUUGAGCAAAGAUGGUGGAAGGUACUUGAUUUUGCUGAGCUUAAAAGAAGUUCUAUAUCGUUUUUCGAAAUUGAGAAGCAAGAGACUGCUGUUUCACGCUGGUCUAGAGCAAGAACAAGAGCUGCUAAGGUGGGUAAAGGCUUGUCAAAAGAUGAGAAAGCUAGGAAAUUGGCUUUGCAACACUGGCUUGAGGCUAUUGAUCCUCGACAUCGCUAUGGCCACAAUCUGCAAUUCUAUUACCAUGCUUGGCUCCAUUGUGACAGUUACCAACCCUUUUUCUAUUGGCUAGACAUAGGAGAAGGAAAAGAAUUGAACCAUGAAAGAUGUCCAAGAACAAAACUAUACCAACAAAGCAUCAAGUAUCUUGGUCCGACUGAAAGAGAAGAGUACGAAGUGGUGAUUGAGGAUAGUAAACUAAUCUAUAAAAAAAGUGGGAUAGUUCUGGACACAAAAGAAGGUCCUCCAGAUACAAAGUGGAUCUUUGUCCUAAGCGUGUCUAAGAUAAUGUAUGUUGGUAUGAAGAAAAAGGGCAACUUUCAACAUUCUAGUUUUCUUGCUGGAGGGGCUACCUUAUCUGCUGGUAGGAUUGUGGUUGAAGAAGGUGUUCUUAAGGCAGUCUGGCCUCACAGUGGACAUUAUCUACCAACAGAAGAGAACUUUCUGGCCUUCAUGUCGUUUCUUAGGGAGAACAAUGUUGACCUCACUGAUGUAAAGAAGAGUCCAGAUGAAGAUGAUGGAGAACAUCACUUCAAGGUCAAGAGAAUGCCUUCGAAAAUCAAAGAGGUUGAAGAAGAACCGUGUGACUUUGUGGACGCUGAGACUGGUUUAAGUCCAAACGCUAAACCCAAAAGUCAUGCAGAGCUACAUACAUUAACAAGGUUCCAUCCAAAAGACAAGGACAUGGCUGAGGAUUAUGAUGAAGAAGAGCCUGAAACACCUUCAGAAGAAGGGUAUGAGACAGCAGAGGAGACAUUCAUAGCUGAGGAAGAGUUUGCAUAUCCAAAAUCUCAUCUGUUUGAUGAAGACAUUGAAGAAUAUGAGAAGCCUGUGCCUAAGGAGAAGAUAAUGAAGAGGAUAGAUUCACACAAAGGACUCAAAUCUUAUCAGUUAGCUGAGAGGCUGCACUCGAGGUGGAGUACUGGUGCAGGUCCUAGGAUCAGUUGUAUGAGAGAUUACCCUUCAGAGCUUCAGUUUAGGGUUCUUGAACAAGCUCAGCUAUCUCCAAGAGCUUCGAGCUCUUCAAACCCUUCUCCUUUUGCUCCGGUUAGAUCAAGGGGGACAAGUCUUGGGAGAAGUCCUUUCUCUCAAGAACUUGAGAGGCUUUAGGUCUGUGUAUAAAGGAUACGUACGAAGCAAAUGGACCUGUGAUGAAGUGGCCGGAUUGAGUAUUUUUUUUUUGGUUAUGUAAGGUGCAGAACUAAGGGCUUGAAGAAUGAUCUUCUUGUUAGGUGUGUGACUUGUUUCACAAGUCACCUUUUCAUUAUAAAUUAUUUUUUUCAUAUUUUUAUCCUGUGAAUAUUUUGUAAUUUUCUGAAUCAUAUAUUGAUAUUUUUACCCUUAACUGAUUUUUAUUUGUCCAUGGAAAAAACAAACAGAUUAGCUGAAAAUUAAAAAAAGCGGUUGAAUAUUAAGGUGAACUAAGGGCCUAAUUGCUUAAAUGAAGUAUGAUCUUCUUAUUAUGUCAAUAGCGUAUAGAAUGUCAGAUAUAUUGACAAACCUUGUUAUUGAGACCCAACAUAGAUUUUUCUCAUAAAAACAAAUAACAGAUAGGAUCAAAUAUUAUAUAUAUUUUACUUACUCCUAAUAAAUAGCUUAGAUACGUUGUCUUCUACAGGAACUAGAUGAACAAAUGAGA